AUGGACCGUUCUCAAGCUCUUAUUCAGGAAUCUGAAGAUAAUGGUUCUAACCGCUCCAAUUUAAAUGUACUACCAGAUAAUUCUAUAAUUUCAAAACCAUUAAAAUCCGAUCUAGAGUAUAAUGCAGAACAAUUAAAAUCUGAAGGCGUUUUGGAGGAUACUGCUAAGUCGCAUUCAGAACUUGAGCAUUUGAUUACUCAGCCUAAUGCUGGGUCAAGCAACAGUCUGGAUCGAAUAGAUUCUCAACAUGAGGUAUUCCAAUUCAUGAACAAUGAAGUCGCAGACGUGACUUCGACAAUACCUCAACAACACUUGACACCACCCAUUUUUGCAGAAACGCAUAAUUCAGAUGAAUUCGAGCAGUUUGAAGACGAUAUGUAUUUAGGUUCUUCGGAAAAUCUCGGCGAAGACCAAUUACACAUCGUGCAGCAUCCAGACGACGGAGAGGAAAGUGAUUACAUGGUUAGGUCAAUAAAUACUAAUUCGGGAUCGGAACAUUCAUUAAACAUGGGCGAUGAUUCUAGCGUGACAAUAAUUACAGAAGAUGAUGUUCACACACCACCGUCACCUUCUCAAGGUUCUGUAGCUAGUAUAGAAUCGUCACCUAUUGGCGAUGCCUCGGGUUCUUAUGUGUUUGCAGAUCCUUCUCCUAGCGCUUCAUUGCACGAAGGAACAGAAGCAGAAGGGUCCACCUUAUAUUCAUCUGGUGACUCUCAAUCACAAAUUCUCGCACCGAGUAUUAAUAACGACGAGUACGAAGAGGAUGAUGAUAGAAUUCGUCUAACUCCUAUUAUUUCACGUGGUGAUUCCGGGGAUGUGCCUCCGAGCCCUACAAUUUCCUCAAUUUCUGGACAAUCUGAAAGAGCCCCAUCGUUGUUACACUCCAAUAUAAUACCUGAUAUAUUACUCAGACAUCCUCAAAUCAAUCGCAAUAAUAAUAAUCUUGAUUUGAGCGCUUUAACAUUUAUACAUCAACAGAUGUUGAUUCCAUUUUUCCACGGGUUUAGCUGGGCAUUUGGAAUGCAUCUCUACCGGUAUUUGAGAUAUGGAUUCUCUUUCAGAGAAUUGUGGUGGUCUUUAUUCGCAGGAAUCACUGGGAGGAACGGUAGUAACGCUUAA